AGUUUUUCUCGAGUUGCGCCGGGCAAAUGGACCCCAUAUUUGUUGUCAUGACACUCUGACUACAUAUCACUUAAACUCAUCAACAUAUCGAAAAUACAUAUAUCAUUCAACAUUAUUUAUUAAUCCACAAUAUCAUUAAUCAUUUGUGUUCAAUUAUAAAUCAAAGUGUUUCCAACGAAAAAAAAAAAAAGCAAUAUUUUUUUUUGCGUGAAUAGUUGACUCCAUUAUUUUAUAUAAUCAAUAAUAAUUUUUAUAAUCAAUUUCAAAUUUAUCGUAUAACAGGAUAAUAAUGUCGAGAAAAGGAAGUAUAAAUAGAAGUAUAAAAAAUGGAGAAACAAAUCCAUAUGAUGCUGUGACAACAAUUGAUAAUGGAAUUGAUGUUGAUGAUGGAGGUGAUGAAAUAAAAUUAGAAGCUAAAAUGUCAUUAAUGAAUGGUGUAACAGUGAUUGUUGGUUCAAUAAUUGGUUCUGGUAUAUUUGUAAGUCCAACUGGUGUAUUAAUGCACACAGGAAGUGUCAAUGUUGCUCUAAUGGUCUGGACAGCAUCCGGAAUAUUUUCCAUGGUUGGUGCUUAUUGUUAUGCUGAACUUGGUUGUAUGAUUAAAAAAUCAGGAGCUGAUUAUGCAUAUAUUAUGGAAACAUUUGGACCAUUUGCUGCAUUUAUUAGAUUAUGGGUAGAGUGUAUGAUUGUUAGACCAUGCAGUCAAGCAAUUGUUGCAUUAACAUUUAGUAUUUAUGUUCUUAAACCAUUUUUUCCUGAUUGUACACCACCUGGUGAUGCUGCAAGACUUCUUGCUGCUGCUUGUAUUUGUACACUUGCAUUUGUUAAUUGUUGGGAUGUUAAAUGGGCAACAAGAGUACAAGAUAUAUUUACAUACGCAAAACUUCUUGCUUUAUUUGUCAUAAUUGCAGCUGGAGCAUAUCAAUUAUAUCGAGGACACACGGAACAUUUUACUUUUGAAGGAACAAAAACUGAAGUAACAUCAAUAGCAUUGAGCUUUUAUUCUGGUCUAUUUGCUUAUAACGGUUGGAAUUAUUUGAAUUUUAUUAUUGAAGAACUCAAAGAUCCAGUAAAAAAUUUACCAAAGGCAAUUGGAAUUUCCUGUGCUCUUGUUACGAUUGUCUAUGUUUUAACAAAUGUCGCAUUUUACACGACCCUGAGUAUUCGAGAUGUAUUAUCAAGUGAAGCUGUUGCAGUUACAUUUGCCAAUCAUUUGUUUGGCAUAAUGGCAUGGACAAUACCAGUAUUUGUUGCACUUUCAACAUUUGGAGCAGUCAAUGGAAUUUUAUUAACAUCUUCAAGAUUAUUUUAUGCUGGUGCUUGUCAAGGUCAAAUGCCAGAAAUUUUAACAAUGAUACAAGUUACACGAUUAACACCAGCACCAGCAGUUAUGUGCAUGGCAUUGUUGUCAAUGAUUUAUUUGACAUCUUCAGACAUCAAUGCACUUAUAAAUUACGUUGGAUUUGCCACCUGGUUGAGUAUUGGAGUAUCAGUUUUGUGUGUACCUUGGUUACGAUAUGCACAACCAAAUUUACCACGUCCUAUCAAAGUUAAUCUUGCUUUUCCGAUAUUUUAUAUUAUUGCAACACUUUUUGUAACACUUGUGCCGAUGUAUGCAAGUCCAGUUGAGACUGCAUAUGGUCUUCUUAUGAUAUUUUCAGCUGUUCCAGUAUAUCUUGUGUUUAUUGCGUGGAAAAAUAAACCUAGAUGCUUCCUCAAUGCUGUUGGUUUAACAACGAGAUUUCUACAAAAAUUAAUGGUUGUUGUUGGAAAACCGAAACCCGCUCAGGUGUAAAUGGCCUAUAAAUAAUGCUAAGCGCAAAAAUUUAAAAUAAUAAAAAACAAAAAUGAACUUGAAAUUUUCGAUAACAAUAAUUAUAAAAAUUUGAACGUAUUAUAGAGUUGGGCCAAAUUAUGACAAAAUAUUAGUAUAUUUUUUUAUUUGUUGAGAUUAUAAAAUAGAAAAAUAAAAUAAAAAUCAAACACUGACGAUUUUAAGAAUAAAAAUGAACAUUUUAUCGAAAAGAGACAGCCACUCUUUAGUAAUAUUAUGUUCGAAAAAAUUAAAUUCAAUUGCUUAUAGUAAUUUUGAAUAUGUUUUAAAUAUACAAUAUAAUUAUAUUAAUUACUAUAUUUUUAAUAUAAAAAAUAAUUAUAGUGCUAUUGGGCUGUCUUAAAUUACAAGGUAAUAUGACAUUAAAUUAUUUACGUAUUUUACAAGCUAUAAAUUAUUGCAAUAAAUGUUUGCAUAUUAUAUAAAAAUAUGCCCUUCGGUCUGUCCAUGAACAAAUAGUCAUCAGAAAAUAUAUAAAAUAAAUUUUCAUACUCAACUAAACAUACAGCUAUUAAAUCGAUUUAUAAUUAUGUAAAUAAAUUUUUAAAAUACGUAAAUAAUUGAGUCAAAUUAUACGAGUAAUAUGAGAAAAGUAAACAACUGCAGCACAAAAAUAUUAAUUUUAUAAUUUAUCAUUUAUGUUGAUAUAAAAAAAAAAAAAUUCUUUUAUAAUUUAACUAUUUUUUACAUUGAUUAGAAGGUAUAUCUAAAUUUAUUUAUUUUUAAUAUUUUUUUUAGCUUAUAAAUUUCGCAAAUAUAUUUUUUAUGAUAUAAUAUGUAAAAAAUUUUUUUUUUAUUUUAAAUUAUUGCCCUCCAACUUGACAAUAAAUAAAUAAUCGACUGACUUAUUUUGAAAUUAUUGUUAGCAACGUUUACAAAAUACAUAGUGAGUGUAAUUGAAAAAAAAAUAAUAAUAUUAAUUACAGUAAUUAUACUUUGCUGUGCAAGUAUACUUUCAAUUUCAAAUUACACUGAUGUAUAAAAAUUGAUCAUUUAAUUAUCAUCAGCUAAAUAUUAAUAUAUAAAAAAAAAAAAAAAAUAUUUACACAGUUUAAAUUGAAACAUCGAAAAUAAUAAUAAUGAGUUAUUUUAAUAAUUGAAAUUUAUAUUUGAUAAUUGUCUUUCAAGCCAGCGUCACUAUUAAAAUUUCAUUAAAAAAAAAAAACAAAAUCAUUCGAAAAAUCAGGCUUCUGGAGAUGUUUAUAAUUUUCUGUUAAAAAAAAAAACAUCUUGACAAUAUCCCAGAUUAAUUUAAAGUCUGAAAAAAUUAAAAAAAUUAAAAUUUACAUGAAAAUAUAAAUAAUUUUCAAAGAAACUAUUAAGGAUAAAUUUAGAUAUGAAAAUAUUUUGGAUAUAAAAUUAUUUUUUGAAUCCAUUGUAUAAACAAAAAUAUUAAUUUUUUCAAAAAGAUAAUUUAUAAAUUAAUUUAUCAAUUAGUAAAUCAUUGGCUAUAACAAAUUAAAAUUAUUUUUUUUUUCUACAAACACAGUUAUUUCGAUAAAUAUAAAAUAAUAAUAUUUUUUUUUGCUUCCAAUAUUGAAUUAAAUGUUUUUAUUGUAAAUGAUAAAAUAAAUGGCAUCAAUAGCUUAGGAUCCAAAUCAUAAAUAAGCUCAAAUUGUUAACGAGCACAUUAUUUAAAAAAACCAUGAAAAGAGCAAAUAGAAAAAAAAAAUUAAUUAGUUUAUUAUAAAAAAUGACAAUAUGUAUAAAUAUAUUGUAAAUCUAUUUUAAAAAUUGUUGUAUUGAGUGUUGAUACAAAUAAUCACUACCUGGGUUACCUCAUUAUCAGAGUCGAUUUUUUAAUUAAAAUUGUACUCAAAUAUAAAAUAAAUAAAUUUUAUCAGUGUAAUUCAGUUUUUUCUUAUUUUUUUCCAAUUCCUUUUAUAGUUUUUUAACAAUAAUUGUAAAAGAAAAAAAUUAUUUAAUAACAUUUUCAAUUGAUUCAACCUUCAAGUUGUAAAAUUAUCUUUGUAAUUAAAAAAAAAAAAAAAAUAUUAAAAACAAUCAUAAGCUUAUUAUUUAUAUAUUGAUAAUUUUAACAUACAGAUUACAAAAAUUUAUUUGGCUUAGUCAAGAUAUGAGGAUGUUAAAUAAUCACAAAAAUUAUUUUCUUGUUAGCUUUUUUUUUAAUUGCUUGAUAUAUUUUUUCGAAACAUUAUAUUAUUAUUAUUGAUUAAUUAAUAAUUGUUAUUGAUUUAGAUAAUAUUGUGCUUGACUAGUGGUGUAAAUAUAACUUGGUAAAUAAUUUACAACAUGAAAUUUUUGUUUUAUUAAUUGUUUAUACUGUUGUUAUUUUUAUCUAGAAAUUAUAUUUUAUACAAAUUAAAAAAAUUGGGAACAUUUAGCAAUUCAACUGCAUGAUUUUAAAAAUAAAAAUAUAUCUAAAUAAUUUAUUGACAUUGAUUAAUUUAGCUUGUAAAUAUAUUUCAUUGAAUUUUUUAAAUAAUAUCAAUUCCUUAAUUAACAAUAAAAUUAUUAAUUAUCAUUAUGCUGUUAUUGUUAUUUUUAUUUUCGAUAAAUCAAUCGAUAACAAGUUAAAAACUAGCAGAUUAAUUAAAUCAAAAAUUAUUAUUUUGUUUUUAUUAAUCAUUUAAUUAAAUAAACAACCAAAAUUUUAUCAUGCAGUUGUAGGAAUUUAUUAUAUUUACAAUUCUUCAAAUCUUUGUACAUAACACCAAGAGAUUUAUCUACUAUUAUUUUAUUGUUAUUAAAUUAUCUUAUAAAUGUUAAUUUUAAUUUAUUUCAUACAUUCAAUUAUAGCACUUGAGUAGCCUUAUAAUAAAUCAAGUUGACAAAUUUAUAAAAUUUAUAUUUCAUCAAAUUAAACAAAAUUAAAUGGAAUGUUUUGAGUUGUGUUUUUUUCUUCUUGUGCCUUUAUUUAUUUGGCAGUUUGAUAUUUAAAUUUAUGGCUUGAAAUCAAUUGCAUGAGCUUUUUGUUUUUUAGUUUUUGAAAUAUAUAUAAUAAAAUAAACAAUACACGAUAAUUGCACUACAAUUUUUUUGUUUUUUAUUACAUUUGAAAUGAUUUUUUUUUUCUUUUUUUUUACUUUGUCUAUUUAAUUUAAAAAAAAAAAAGUGUUUGUAUAAUGACACCUGUUUUUUUGCAUGUGCCUAUGUCACACUUUUGAAUUAUAUAAUUUAAUACAUUGUUAUUUUUUGGUUUAUAAAAUUAAACAUUUAUUUUGUCAUUGGUAUAAUAAAAAAAAUAAACAGAUUAAACCAAUGACAGUCUAUUAUUAUACUAUAUAAUAUUGUAAUUAAAAAAAAAAAAAUAAACUAUUGUUCAUA